AUGGAUAGUUCAUCCAGUUCAUCCGGUUUAGAUUCCGCCAGAAACAACCCUCGGACCAAGCUGCCAUUCUACAACAAGUAUGUCGAACAUCAACGCAAGGCAGAGGAGAACAAACACAAGAGCCACUUGAGAUUUCGAUCAGGGUCCGUUUUGAUCACCGAUGGCGCCACGCCUACGGGCCGUCAGAUUGCCACCAUACUCAACAAAAAGGGGCACUACCGGAUUCAUGCCCUCUACCCGCCCGGCUAUUUUCCCAAAAAUGUUCCACCGAUGGAGCGGAAAAGGCUCGCAUAUCCCGUGGACAAGAUGCACUUCCUAACGCCGGUUUCGAGACACCGGAAUUACGUGUCGUGGUACGAUGCGGUCGUGGAAAUCUGCGUCAAGCACAAUAUCCACUACAUCAUACCGCAGCACGACACCAUGGCCAUCUUUGCGGCUCAUAUCAAGGAACUCAGGCGACGCGGUAUAUACGUCCAUACUCCCAGACUGACGUCGAUUCACUCCAUCGUCGACAAAUUGGCAAUGUAUCGCAUGUUGAGAGAUCUUGAGAUUUGGCACCAUCCCUGGGUCUUUCUCGGAAAGGAGACAAACUCUCAACAUACAAUCAUGCAGACUGCCGGCUACAUCAAAGAAUCAGGCAACUAUCCGGUCAUGUUGACAGACCGUACGGAAGGGUCGGAUUCCGUCUAUGUGCGCAUCGGGUCGAAGAAGGAGCUGGAAGACUACAUCCUCGAGGACGAACGCAAGAACGCAACGGAAUUCUUGCACCAGGCCCAGGGUAUCUUCAACAACGGCAAGCUGGAGAAAUGGCAUGGUUGGACCCUCCUCCCCGUGCAGCAAGAAACCACCUCACAUUUUCGCAAAACGUCGGCUUAUAAUCAGAGAGCAGUGCUGGUUCUGAGGGGAAUUGGGAUGCACUUAAACUGGCAUGGCGGCCUGAGUGUGACCUUCUGGCUGCCGAUGUACGAACCUGACGCCGAGCCCAGAGUGAUGAGGAUUGAUAUGGGUAUCCACGAGCCGAUGAACGCAUACUAUUCCGGAGUCGACCUGAUCGACGCACUAUUGGAUCUGAGACUUCCGGAGAAUUCAGGAACUGAGUGGGAGGACGGCCCCAGGUGGCAGGAUCCUGACCGCGCUUUUGAUAUGCCCGAGCAUCUCACCGAGGAAGAUGCUGCAGCAGACGAGACCGGGAAAGACGAAGUGAACGUUAGACAAGACGAGGUGGAGGCUAGGGGAAAGGAUGAUGACUCAAAACCCUUUCCCUUGCGAGUGAUGCUGGUGCCCAACUUUGACCCACCGACUCGUGGGCGUGACGUGCAAGUUCAAGCUACGGCAGAUGUCGACUCCAGCAAUGCAUCCAGACUGUCUCGCGCGGUUACCGUGGUAGCAUCGUCAGAUGACGGUCCUACUCCAUCUGACGAUGCUACUCCAGAGAAUAGCAUAAAAGACUGGCGCACGUUUCACACACUACGUACUUUCCUGGGAGUGGAGGGGCAUGGUGGCGAUAUUUCCGAGGAAGCAGAUCUAGGUAUUUCUGAGGCAGCACUCCCGAAUGGUGGGAGGUGCGAAUGGAAGACGGGCGUCACGACACGUCAAUUCGUUUUGGAAUCUGAACAAAGGAUCACGGAGAGUAGGGAGAAUUCCAUGCUGAAAAGAUUGACCACCGUCCUCGGCGAUACGACCUGGCGAAAGUCCAAAGAAGAGCACACCCCUUUCUUCUUGAACCCUUGGACAACCAGCAUUCGAAACGUGUUUAACGUGGCUAAACAGGUCAUCGACCUGUCAGUGAAGGGCAAACCGGGACCGACACUGUUAUCCACGCUCCUCCGCGACGACUGGCCACAGCCGAAUCCGAGAGGGCUGAGACGUGAUCAAUACGCCGACAUCUUUAAGACGCAUCUAUGGGACGGACCUACAAUGCCUGAUGGACCUUGGGGUCUCGCUCUUCCGGUGGGAUCGUACUACCACGCGAAGAGGUUCCGUGUUCACAGCCAAAAAGGUGUCCCUUCACGUAAUGUUGCCUACCAGUUCUUUGUCAGGCAGGGUCAAGACUACGAAACAGGCACUCUCCUCCCGUUGGGGCAUGUAUCUCCGAACGACCCCAACAAAAAAGUCUUUAGGACGCCCGUGAUGCUUCCUCCAAACCCCUUUGACCUUAUCUGGGUAGGCGAAAUGCCCGAGACUUGGAAUAGCUGGACCUUUGUUCCGGACCCUCAUCGACCACGCGACGGUGUGCUAAUUCCCUCUCACAAUUUGCCGAAAAAGAAGCACAUCGCCAUUCCCGAUGACCCUCAGACUUGGGAGAUGACACCAGGCCGAUGCUUCUUCUACCGUGGUAGCAGACACCAUGUUCCGUGUGGGAACCGACCUUACAGCUAUCGCAUGGAUGACCAUAUGCGGUACAAAUUCAACGACCGGAGGAGAAAGCUGCCUUAUCCUCCAGAGAACUUCUACUUUGUGGAUGUUACCCUCCGUCCUCCCGUUUCUCUAGAAGAUAGCUUUCGACCCAUUGUCCCACUGGACCGCGGCAUUCCUCGCACAGAUAUCGUCUAUUUCUAUCAUGCCUCCCGCAGUCGGCCGUACAUGGGUAUUUUUGUUCCUGCUGAUCACUACGAGUUGGUGCAAAAGCAGGCCUAUAACUUUCAUACCCCACCACGACUAGCACCUGUUCCGGAAUCACCACCGACAAGCUCGCUGAUCAGAUACAGUGCCUCUAGAGGUGUACAACGGAGUUCCCGUGGCGGUAGCGAGUCGGCCGAUCAAAGUCCGCGACUUGAUUCUGGAAGAGAUACCGAAGAGAGAGGGACGCCAACCGAGCCCGAACAGGAGCAAGAUACUGCGGAGGAAAUCCUAGGCAAACAGACGGACGAGACGGACGAGUGAGUGGUGGGAGUGGUUUGGAGGGUGUUAUCAUGCUGUAUCGAUCUCAGCUCCAUCACAGUCUUGUCUGCUUAUCUUUGUCAGCGUUUGGAGGUAUAGUUUCAGGUCCCAGUGAUAGAAAUAUUGAACAGCGAUCCGUUUUGUUUCCCACAGUAAAGCUCCCACGCGGUUUUCGUCCUGCACUGAGAUAUUGACUGUCCGAUGUUCU